UAUACAAUCUUAUCAUUAUCGACCGCUGUACACGAAAAAAAAACAGUUUUACUCAAACGGACAAUCGGAGUGUGGUGAAUUUUUGGAAAAUAUUUUGUGCGGUUCCUUUAGUUGUGUAAUAUAGUACUUUAGUUACAAAUUUGGAAUAAUUUGGCAGCAAAACCAUCUGCAGCAACAAAAUCAUCUGCAGCUGCGAAAUCAUCUGCAGCAGCAAAAGCAUCUUCAGGAGCGAGAAAAGCCCCAAAUAAUGUGAGAUGGCAGUUGAUGUCCGAAUCGCUGCCUUCCUGCUGGUGUUUAUAUCGCCUGCAGUUUUAGCUCAAGAGAGAUGUGGGUAUAUGACCGCCAUCCCAAGGCUACCACGACCGGAUAAUUUGCCAGUACUAAACUUUGAAGGCCAGACAUGGAGUCAGAGGCCGCUGCUCCCCGCCCCGGAGCGGGAUGACCUGUGCAUGGACGCCUACCACGUGAUAACAGCCAACCUCGGCACGCAGGUCAUCUACAUGGAUGAAGAGAUAGAAGACGAAAUCACCAUCGCCAUACUUAAUUAUAACGGACCAUCAACUCCGUUCAUUGAACUGCCAUUUUUAUCCGGUUCGUACAAUCUGCUGAUGCCGGUCAUCAGGAGAGUUGACAACGGGGAGUGGCAUCUCAUCAUCACGCAAAGACAGGAUUACGAGUUGCCCGGCAUGCAGCAGUACAUGUUCAAUGUGCGCGUGGACGGCCAGUCGCUGGUGGCAGGCGUGUCUCUCGCUAUCGUCAACAUAGAUGACAACGCGCCCAUCAUACAAAACUUCGAGCCUUGCCGGGUUCCUGAACUGGGCGAGCCAGGGUUGACAGAAUGCACAUACCAAGUAUCGGACGCGGACGGACGGAUCAGCACAGAGUUCAUGACGUUCAGGAUCGACAGCGUUCGUGGCGACGAGGAGACCUUCUACAUCGAACGGACGAAUAUCCCCAACCAAUGGAUGUGGCUAAAUAUGACCUUAGGCGUUAAUACCUCGCUCAACUUCGUCACCAGUCCGCUUCAUAUAUUCAGCGUGACAGCCCUGGACUCGCUCCCGAACACCCACACGGUGACUAUGAUGGUGCAAGUGGCGAAUGUGAACAGCCGUCCGCCGCGCUGGCUGGAGAUCUUCGCUGUCCAACAGUUUGAAGAGAAAUCUUACCAAAACUUCACAGUGAGGGCGAUCGACGGAGACACUGAGAUCAAUAUGCCUAUCAACUACAGGCUGAUCACAAAUGAGGAAGACACAUUCUUCAGCAUCGAGGCCCUGCCUGGUGGAAAAAGCGGGGCUAUAUUCCACGUGUCACCAAUUGACCGCGACACACUGCAACGAGAGGUGUUUCCACUUACGAUCGUCGCUUACAAAUACGAUGAGGAAGCUUUCUCCACAUCAACAAACGUGGUCAUCAUUGUGACAGACAUCAACGACCAGAGACCUGAACCUAUACACAAGGAAUAUCGACUGGCGAUCAUGGAGGAGACGCCCAUGACCCUCAACUUCGAUAAAGAAUUUGGAUUUCAUGAUAAGGAUUUAGGUCAAAACGCUCAGUACACGGUGCGUCUAGAGAGCGUGGACCCUCCAGGCGCUGCUGAGGCAUUCUACAUAGCGCCUGAAGUCGGCUACCAGCGACAGACCUUCAUCAUGGGCACCCUCAAUCACUCCAUGCUGGAUUACGAAGUGCCAGAGUUCCAGAGUAUUACGAUUCGGGUGGUAGCGACCGACAACAACGACACGAGGCACGUGGGCGUCGCGUUGGUUCACAUUGACCUCAUCAAUUGGAACGAUGAGCAGCCGAUCUUCGAACACGCCGUGCAGACCGUGACCUUCGAUGAGACUGAAGGCGAGGGGUUCUUCGUCGCCAAGGCGGUUGCACACGACAGAGACAUCGGGGAUGUCGUCGAGCAUACUUUACUGGGUAACGCUGUUAACUUCCUGACCAUCGACAAACUCACCGGCGACAUCCGCGUCUCAGCUAACGACUCCUUCAACUACCAUCGAGAAAGUGAAUUAUUUGUGCAGGUGCGAGCUACAGACACGCUGGGCGAACCCUUCCACACGACGACGUCACAGCUGGUCAUACGACUAAAUGACAUCAACAACACGCCACCCACCUUACGGCUGCCUCGAGGCAGUCCCCAAGUGGAGGAGAACGUGCCUGAUGGACACGUCAUCACCCAGGAGUUACGCGCCACCGACCCCGACACCACGGCCGAUCUGCGCUUCGAGAUAAACUGGGACACCUCUUUCGCCACCAAGCAAGGCCGCCAGGCUAACCCCGACGAGUUUAGGAAUUGCGUGGAAAUCGAGACCAUCUUCCCCGAGAUUAACAACCGGGGACUGGCUAUCGGCCGCGUUGUAGCGCGCGAGAUCAGACACAACGUGACCAUAGACUACGAGGAGUUUGAGGUCCUCUCCCUCACAGUGAGGGUGCGGGACCUUAACACCGUCUACGGAGACGACUACGACGAAUCGAUGCUCACAAUAACUAUAAUCGACAUGAACGACAACGCGCCGGUGUGGGUGGAGGGGACUCUGGAGCAGAACUUCCGCGUGCGCGAGAUGUCCGCGGGCGGGCUCGUGGUGGGCUCCGUGCGCGCGGACGACAUCGACGGACCGCUCUACAACCAAGUGCGAUACACCAUUUUCCCUCGUGAAGACACAGAUAAGGACCUGAUAAUGAUCGACUUCCUCACGGGUCAAAUUUCCGUGAACACAAGCGGCGCCAUCGACGCGGAUACUCCUCCACGCUUCCACCUCUACUAUACAGUGGUCGCUAGUGACCGAUGCUCGACAGAAGAUCCUGCAGAUUGCCCCCCUGACCCGACUUAUUGGGAAACCGAAGGAAAUAUCACAAUCCACAUCACCGACACGAACAACAAGGUCCCGCAGGCGGAAACGACUAAGUUCGAUACCGUCGUGUAUAUUUACGAGAACGCAACCCACUUGGACGAGGUGGUCACUCUGAUAGCCAGUGAUCUUGACAGAGACGAAAUAUACCACACGGUGAGCUACGUCAUCAAUUACGCAGUGAACCCUCGACUGAUGAACUUCUUCUCCGUGAACCGGGAGACCGGCCUGGUGUACGUAGACUAUGAGACCCAGGGGAGUGGCGAGGUGCUGGACCGUGAUGGUGAUGAACCAACGCACCGUAUCUUCUUCAACCUCAUCGACAACUUCAUGGGGGAAGGAGAAGGUAACAGAAAUCAGAACGACACAGAAGUUCUCGUUAUCUUGUUGGAUGUGAAUGACAAUGCUCCUGAAUUGCCACCGCCGAGCGAACUCUCUUGGACUAUAUCUGAGAACCUUAAGCAGGGCGUCCGUCUUGAACCGCAUAUCUUCGCCCCGGACCGCGACGAGCCCGACACGGACAACUCCAGGGUCGGUUACGAGAUCCUGAACCUCAGCACGGAGCGGGACAUCGAAGUGCCGGAGCUGUUUGUAAUGAUACAGAUCGCGAACGUCACGGGAGAGCUGGAGACCGCCAUGGACCUCAAGGGAUAUUGGGGGACGUACGCUAUACAUAUACGGGCAUUCGACCACGGCAUUCCGCAAAUGUCCAUGAACGAGACAUAUGAGCUGAUUAUCCAUCCGUUCAACUACUACGCGCCUGAGUUCGUCUUCCCGACCAACGAUGCCGUCAUACGACUUGCGAGGGAACGAGCUGUAAUCAAUGGAGUUCUAGCGACAGUGAACGGAGAGUUCUUGGAGCGGAUAUCGGCGACUGACCCGGACGGACUCCACGCGGGCGUCGUCACCUUCCAAGUGGUAGGCGAUGAGGAAUCACAACGGUACUUCCAAGUAGUUAACGAUGGCGCGAACCUCGGCUCGUUGAGGUUACUGCAAGCCGUUCCAGAGGAGAUCAGGGAGUUCCGGAUAACGAUUCGCGCUACAGACCAGGGAACGGACCCAGGACCGCUGUCCACGGACAUGACGUUCAGAGUUGUUUUUGUGCCCACGCAAGGAGAACCUAGAUUCGCGUCCUCAGAACAUGCUGUCGCUUUCAUAGAAAAGAGUGCCGGCAUGGAAGAGUCUCACCAACUUCCUCUAGCACAAGACAUCAAGAACCAUCUCUGUGAAGACGACUGUCACAGCAUUUACUAUCGUAUUAUCGAUGGCAACAGCGAGGGUCAUUUCGGCCUGGAUCCUGUUCGCAACAGGUUGUUCCUGAAGAAAGAGCUGAUAAGAGAACAAAGUGCCUCCCACACUCUGCAAGUGGCGGCUAGUAACUCGCCCGAUGGUGGCAUUCCACUUCCUGCUUCCAUCCUUACUGUCACUGUUACCGUGAGGGAGGCAGACCCUCGUCCAGUGUUUGUGAGGGAAUUGUACACCGCAGGGAUAUCCACAGCGGACUCCAUCGGCAGAGAGCUGCUCAGAUUACAUGCGACCCAGUCUGAAGGCGCGGCCAUUACUUAUGCUAUAGACUACGAUACAAUGGUAGUGGACCCCAGCCUGGAGGCAGUGAGACAGUCGGCUUUCGUACUGAACGCUCAAACCGGAGUGCUGACGCUUAAUAUCCAGCCCACGGCCACGAUGCAUGGACUGUUCAAAUUCGAAGUCACAGCUACUGACACGGCCGGCGCUCAGGACCGCACCGACGUCACCGUGUACGUGGUAUCCUCGCAGAACCGCGUCUACUUCGUGUUCGUCAACACGCUGCAACAGGUCGAAGACAACAGAGACUUUAUCGCGGACACCUUCAGCGCUGGGUUCAACAUGACCUGCAACAUCGACCAAGUGGUGCCCGCCAACGACCCCGUCACCGGCGUGGCGCUGGAGCACAGCACGCAGAUGCGCGGCCACUUCAUACGGGACAACGUACCCGUACUCGCUGAUGAGAUAGAACAGAUCCGUAGUGACCUAGUCCUCCUGAGCUCGAUACAAACAACGCUGGCGGCGCGAUCGCUGGUGUUGCAGGACUUGUUGACCAACUCCAGCCCGGACUCGGCGCCUGACUCGAGCCUCACGGUGUACGUGCUGGCCUCACUGUCUGCUGUGCUCGGUUUCAUGUGCCUUGUGCUACUGCUUACCUUCAUCAUCAGGACUAGAGCGCUAAACCGACGGUUGGAAGCCCUGUCGAUGACGAAGUACGGCUCACUGGACUCUGGAUUGAACCGCGCCGGCAUCGCCGCCCCCGGCACCAACAAACACACCGUGGAAGGCUCCAACCCUAUCUUCAAUGAAGCAAUAAAGACGCCAGAUUUAGAUGCCAUUAGCGAGGGUUCCAACGACUCUGAUCUGAUCGGCAUCGAAGAUCUUCCGCACUUUGGCAACGUCUUCAUGGAUCCUGAGGUGAACGAAAAGGCAAAUGGUUAUCCCGAAGUCGCAAACCACAACAACAACUUCGCUUUCAACCCGACUCCCUUCUCGCCUGAGUUCGUUAACGGACAGUUCAGAAAGAUCUAGAAGAUAACAACACUAGUUAAGAUCAUUAAUUUUGGAGUUUGGAAUUAAGAUUUUUGAAAGGAUAGUUGUGAUAAGCCUGUGAUUUUUAAAACUGUAAUUGAAAAAAAAAUUGAGACCUCCAUUUAAGCUCUUGCUCUCAUCUCAUCAAAUUUUAUAAAAUGCCAUUAGUCAUUAAGAUACUCAAUUUAAUUUAAGAUUAUUUAAGAUAUUAUGUAAAAUAAAUAUAUUUAUUUUAUUAAAAAUAUUUAAACCAA